AUGAAUAAAGAAGAAAUCAAACAAUUAUUUAAACAAUUUGAUAAUGGUAAUGGUCAUUUAUCGUUAGCUGAAAUCGAUCGAGCUAUUAUUCAUUUUUAUCCACAAUUUGGUACUAAUAAGAAAGCAAUUAUGCGAGCAUAUAAGGCAGCUGAUACUAGUAGUAAUGGUUUUGUUGAAUUAAGAGAAUUUGAAAAAAUUGUUCAAUUACUCGAACAAUAUGAUCAAAUAAGCAAAGUAUUUGAAGAAUUAGAUACAAAUGAUGAUCAUCGUAUUGGUUUUAAUGAAUUUAAAAAAGGUUUUCAAUUAUUAGGUGAAGAUGAUUCGGAUGAAGAUAGUUUAAAACAAGAAUUUGAUGCUAUUGAUUCAAAUGAUGGUGAUUAUAUUCUAUUCGAUGAAUUUUGUAUGUACAUGGCCAAUAAAAAAGUACGAUAA